ACGUGAUUAUAGUUGCAGCUAAGCUGAGCAGCUCAUCCGAGAUGAGCUUUGGUGAGCUUUUAAUGGAUGGGACAGGAGCGACGACGAGCGCAUUUAAAAGCGACGCCUAGAGCGAGGGGGCGCCCGAAGUGAAAGUCGAGGCGGCCUUGGACGGAAAACGAAGAGCUAAGAAAACGAGAGAGAGAGAGAGAGAGAGAGAGAGGAGUGUGUGUGUGUGCAGCGUAGUUCGUAAAGAAAUGGCGAAGAUGUUUAGUUCGCUGCGCCUGGCGACGAUGCGCUCGCACAAGAAGGCGAGGCCGGGAAGCGUAGCGACGAACGCGAGCUCCGACUCGACGCGCACCGAUGACACCACCGCCAACGCCAACCAUCAUCACCACCAACAGCAGCAACAACAACCACACCAAUACCAGCAUCAGCAGCAGCAGCAGCAGCAGCAGCAGCAGCAGCAACAACAACAGCAACAGCAACUGCAAGUGCAGAGCUACUUCGCGCCCAACUUUCUCACUCUAGAUGAGGUCGGCGAGGCUGGCUGUCCACCGACCAGCCUCACCUCCAAAGUCGCACAGGUGCGCGUGGAGCGCGAGGGCGGCAGCCUGGGGGUGACGCUCCGCGGGGGCGUGAGCCGCGUCCUCGUGGUGACGGGUGUGAAAGCCGAGGGCCCGGCGGCCAAGGAGGGUCGCGUGCGCCCCGGCGACCGUCUCCUAGCCGUCGACGACGCUGAGCUGCGGGGCUUGACCCUCGCCGAGGCCCAGCGCGCCCUGAGACGAAGCUCCGAGGCGCCCGUCGCCUCCCUCACCAUAGAGUACGACGUCGCCAACAUGGAGGAGAUCAGGGCGGCCACCUCGGGGCCGCUCCUCGUUCAGCUCGAGCGCGGAGCCUCAGGUGAGCUGGGACUGACGGUGCGCGAGACGCCGAGCGGCGUUUACAUCGAGAGUCUGCGCCCGGCGAGCACAGCCGAUCGAUGUGGCGCCCUCCAGCCGGGGGACCGACUCCUCGCCGUCGACGACAGCCCGGUGCAGGAUGCGAUCAUGGCCGCCAAGCUGCUGCGCAACACCUCCGAGAGCUGCCGUAUCGCCAGGUUGCAGAUCCUACCGAGGCCGCCGAGCGCCUCGAGCCGCACGAUGAAGCGUAGGGCGCAACCGCAGGCCCAGCGGGCAGCGAGGAACGCCCUUUACACGCAGGAGACGCUUACGGUGUUGCUGCGACCGGAUCACCGGGGCCUCGGCAUCGGUCUCAAACAGACCGAGGAGCGACUCGAUUACGUCGUCGACAUCCUCGAACCGGGAGGCCCUGCCGAGAGGAGCGGCGUCCUAUUGCCGGGCGACCGCGUCAUCGCCGUCAAUCGCAGGAGUCUGAGAGAUGUGCAGCCCGCCGAAGUCGCCAUGAUCCUCGAGGCGCCGCAGGUGGAGCUCGUCGUGGAGUACAAGGUCGGUGGGCCCGUGGUGCCGAGUUCCGGUGUAUUCACGGUGCGUGUCGCCCGCCCCCUCGGCGGUCAGCCGGAUCUCGGCAUCACGGUCAACGAGGAGCUGCGGAUCUCGGAGGUGCGCCGGGGCUCACUAGCCUAUCGUACGGGGAGCCUCGCACCCGGUGAUCGACUUCUUGCCAUCGACUCUCAGAGGCUCGACCCGGGUGAUCUGCGCCAGGCUGCUCAACUGCUGCACAGGCCCGGAAGUUCCGUGGUUGCCCUCACCGUGCGGAAACCCGACCUCAUCGAGCCCGAAACCAGGGAGUCGAGCAUUUCCGGGGACUUGGUGCAGCCGCAGUACUCGAGCAGUGCGCUCAGGUCGGCUCGCGAGAGUCUGCCGAGUGUCGACAGCGCUGUUGACUCCUGGGGCGAGAUGGGUGACGUCGCCGGGCCGGAGAUCAUGAGACUCUGGGAAACAGCCUCCGUGGACAGCGGACAGUUGGAUUUGCCGAUGCCGCCCUAUCCUUACCCAAGUUCCUUAGCAUCGAGCUCGCCACGGCCCACCUAUAGCUGUAGCCCCCAGGAUAACCGCAAAUCUCAGCAGCAGCAGCAGCAGCAGCAGCAGCAACAACAACAACAACAACAACAACAACAGCAGCAGCAGCAACAGCAGCAGCAACAGCAGCAACAGCAGCAGAUUGUGCACGUAUCGCUGCACAAAGACCCCGUAUACGAGGACUUUGGCUUCUCGGUGUCGGAUGGUAUGUACGAGCGGGGCGUGUACAUAAACCGACUAAGGCCCGGGGGUCCCUGCGACGGAGUCCUUAGGCCCUACGAUCGCAUAUUACGAGUGAACGAGGCCAGCACCGAGGACUGCGACUGCUGUCUCGCGGUGCCCCUCAUCGCCGCAGCAGGCCCGAGGCUCGACCUCACCAUCGCCAGGCCCCUCACCCCCUCCGACGGCAUCGGCAAGCUCUUCUAGGAGUUCCACCUGCCACAUCUCCGAAC